AUGUCGGAGGAAGAAGACAUAAAUGCUCCUUCAACUUUCUUUUCCUCCAUAAAAAUCUUGAAGACGAGCCGAUCUGAGGGCGGGAAAGGAUCAAAGGCCAAGCCACACCACUGCUGUGGCUCAGACGGUCUAGAGAACGUUCCUCUCACUGAAGGUCUAGAGAACGUUCCUCUCACUGAAGGUCUAGAGAACGUUCCUCUCACUGAAGGUCUAGAGAACGUUCCUCUCACUGAAGGUCUAGAGAACGUUCCUCUCACUGAAGGUCUAGAGAACGUUCCUCUCACUGAAGGUCUAGAGAACGUUCCUCUCACUGAAGGUCUAGAGAACGUUCCUCUCACUGAAGGUCUAGAGAACGUUCCUCUCACUGAAGGUCUAGAGAACGUUCCUCUCACUGAAGGUCUAGAGAACGUUCCUCUCACUGAAGGUCUAGAGAACGUUCCUCUCACUGAAGGUCUAGAGAACGUUCCUCUCACUGAAGGUCUAGAGAACGUUCCUCUCACUGAAGGUCUAGAGAACGUUCCUCUCACUGAAGGUCUAGAGAACGUUCCUCUCACUGAAGGUCUACUGAAGGUCUAG